CGCUGAAGAGGAACGCUUGCAACGUCAUGUGAUGACGUUUUAUGAGUAACGUCAGAGGAAGUUAUUCCAGUAAAUUCGCGUUAACUAACAAGUUAAAACCUUAGAGGCUUUAUCCACUCCAACGUUAAAAAACAGAGCAGUUUUUAAUCAAAGAGUCAACCUUUUCCCACCAGCACGAUGAUGAUGAUGGACGAGGAUCAGCCCAGGACAUUGUAUGUCGGGAACCUCUCCAGGGACGUGACGGAGGCCCUCAUCCUGCAAGUGUUCUCCCAGAUCGGACCCUGCAAAAGCUGUAAAAUGAUCAUUGAUACGGCCGGCAAUGACCCAUACUGCUUUGUGGAGUUCUAUGAGAACAGACACGCUGCAGCAGCUCUGGCUGCCAUGAACGGCAGGAAGAUCUUAGGCAAGGAUAUGAAAGUUAACUGGGCCUCAAUGCCAAGCAGCCAGAAGAAAGACACAAGCAAUCAUUUCCAUGUCUUUGUCGGUGACCUGAGCCCAGAAAUCUCAACAGAUGAUGUCAGAGCAGCCUUUGCACCAUUUGGAAAGAUAUCUGAUGCCCGUGUGGUGAAGGACCUGGCCACAGGCAAAUCUAAAGGAUAUGGUUUCAUCUCCUUCAUUAAUAAAUGGGAUGCAGAAAGUGCCAUUCAGCAAAUGAAUGGCCAAUGGCUGGGAGGAAGACAGAUCAGAACAAACUGGGCCACACGGAAACCAUCCGCUCCCAAACCAAACAAUGAAGCAUCUAGCAGCAAACACUUGUCUUAUGAGGAGGUUCUGAACCAGUCGAGUCCUAGCAACUGCACCGUGUAUUGUGGUGGCAUUGCUACUGGCCUUUCAGAUCAGCUGAUGAGACAGACUUUCUCUCCGUUCGGCCAGAUAAUGGAGAUCAGAGUUUUCCCAGAGAAAGGCUACUCAUUCGUGAGGUUCGAUUCUCAUGAGGGUGCCGCCCAUGCCAUAGUGUCUGUAAAUGGGACCUGCAUUGAGGGCCACACUGUGAAGUGCUACUGGGGAAAAGAAACGGCUGAUAUGAGAUCCAUGCAACAGAUGCAGAUGCCCCAGCAGAAUAAACCCACCUAUGCUGCCCAACCUUACGGACAGUGGGGUCAGUCAUACGGCAACGGUCAGCAGAUGGGUCAGUAUAUGCCCAACGGCUGGCAGAUGCCCACUUACGGCGUCUACGGGCAGGCCUGGAAUCAGCAGGGAUAUAAAUAAGUACAAAUGUGGCUGACUAAUCCCUCAGUCCAAUCAUUAAACCCCACUUCAGUGUGGCAUCUGCCCAAUGGGACUCACCAUUACACCGGUUCAGGGGUUAUUGAAAGGGCUGCAUUCAGCCCACUGUACAUUAUAUUCAGACCAUUAACUUGGAAGGAGUCCUGUCUUUUGUUUUUAGGCCCCAGGAUUUUUUUAUUUUUUUUUUUUGUCAGAUUUUCUUUUCUUAAAAGUACUGCAUUUCGGGGACUUUAAUUGUCUAGUUUUGCAACAGAUGGAAUGUCUUUUCAAUGUGUUGAAUCUGCAGGCUCAAUUUAGCUCACUCCUCAAACGGUGUAGAAAGUUUGAGGUCUAAUAUACUGCAUUCUUUCUAUGGAGUUCUUGUCUCUAAACCUGAGUUGUUCACGAAUACUUUUUUCUUUUUUUCUGUCAGUACAGCUAUGCGUUUAUAUUUUUACAAGAAAGGUUUCAAGAAUUGAGUUGUGUGAUCCUGUUAAUCAAAUAUAAAAUAUUUUAUCUUGUGACGCCUAAUGAUAAAAGUAUUCUGCAUAUAUAGAGGACAUUGUUCCGUGGCCUUGAAUAAUUUGAGGUUUCAGGAAGUUCUUGAUAAAGUUUUGGACACAAUUACUAAAGCUUUUAACAAGUUGUAUUAACACAGAGGUGCAGAAAACAUGCUUCCUUUUUGUUCAGUUUAAGCGUUAGACUUAUUCAUUUUGUAACAUGGAAUUGUUAGCUCAAUUUUUAAAACGUUUUGUUUCAUGUUUUUACAAAAUCAUGUUUGCUCGGAUCAGUUGAGGAUAUGACGGCACAGCGGCUAAUCGGCGGGAACGGCAGUGCUGUAGCAUCUUUGUAAAGAUUUUUGUAAUUCUGUGUAAAAUGAGGUUGUGAAUUAUUUCUUUAAAUCUUGUAAAUUCAGGGUUUGUUGAACAUCUGUAAUGUAAUAAUGUUGCAUGGACAUUCUGAGCUCUGUUCUUGUUACAAUCUCUUGUGAAAUCCAUAAAAAGGUGUUCAUUAGAGUUGCUGAGAUGAUGAUUUUUUUUUUAUUUUUUUUUCAAUGCUCCCUCCCUGUCCUUCACCCUCAAGAGUCACUGUUGAAUUCACAAGCCAAAGACAUUGACUACAAUGAUGCGAGAUCUUGCAUGCUUCCACUUUGCUGUAUUGAAACGAGGAUUGUAAUGUCAGUGUUUUCGAGAGGUGUAAUAUGGAAAGGUGAAGAAAUGCGAGAUGCUCCUAGGUUUCAACCACACGCUCGAGUUGCUCACAAAGCCUAAUUAUAUACCGGACACUGAUGUUUUUCCUCCUACCAUAAUUCACUUUCUUUUUUUCUUACUGGGCCCUAAAACUGAGUCAUGCUAAAAACGGAUUGAAACAAAUUGAAAAUGAGCAACUGUCUUUUUUUUUUUCUUUAAUUUUUCUUCUUUGUCAUGUAAAUUUAUCAACAUAGUUAUUUAAUGUCACUUUUUUUCUCUCUAACUGGGUUUUUUUUUAAUUUGUAAAAAGCUAGAGAGAUUUACUGUUAUUUUUAAAACACCCCGAUUAUAUGCUUCCAUCUAAUGUUGUUCUAUUUACUCUUUCAUGUGUAAAAACACUUAAUAAUAACCAUUCAAAACUA